GUGCCACGUGAUGUGCCUGCGCUCCCAGCUGCAUGACACCGCUGUCCAGGAGCGCGCAUGCGUGCUGUCCUGGUAACGUCACUCGCGCGCGCCCUCGCACUGGGAGCGAGCACUGGCCGGUUCCCCCGGUGUCCUGACUGAGUCUGCGAGAGAGAGGCGAGAGGGUGAGCAGAGUCACGUGAGCAGCGGGAGAAACUGUGUGCGGCGGCGGCAGUGGCAGUGGCUGCGGAGGAUGGCUGCUGUCACCCUCUCUGCUCCACGUCUAUCUCCGCUACAUUAAGGUGAAGAAGGGAUGUGAGCCGGACACAGGAAGCGGCUGCCGGGCACCGCCAUCCCAGAGAUCUCAACAGCUUCAGAAAAAUACAAAUGCACCUGCUCUCUCAUGGAAGAAAAAUUACAGGUUCGAGCCUCUUUAGGUUCCAAAUUACCCAAAUUUGGUGGAACCAAGCCAUUAGGAAGCUUUUUGCAGCAAGCACCAAAUGGCACACAUUCUGGUUUAUUGGCUAAAGCCAGCUUUAGUGGGAAGAAACACAGCGAUCAAGAAGGAACAUCAGCAUUUUCUUUGAACUGGAGAAAACUGAAAUGUCAAAACAAUGACCACAGUUCCAGAGAACCGCCUCAUCCUUCCACUGAAAAAAAAUGUUUACAGUCCCAGGGGGCAGUAGAAAAAGAUUCACCCAGAUUAGGAAUAAUAACAAAAACUGGGAAGCAAAGCAACAUGUUGGUAUCGCAUAAAGAGGACCACAAUGAGAACUUACUAUCUAGUUCAAAUAAAUUUACAAAAAGUACACAGUUUGGCAGGACUUCCUAUUCUGGGCUAAAUGGCUGUAAAACUCAGGUUAAUGGAUUUUACACAAACAAGCCCCCUACAGGUUUACACAGACCAAGAGCUAAUUCUGCUACGAGUAGAAACUUUACAAGUAAAGUUUUGUCAACUGACAACAAACCUUUUUCCAACGUUAGGCGAUCACAGAGCUUUUCCCAUUCUGUCCAAAAUGCCUUGCUUCCACCUGCACUCUUGACCAGAUCUCAUUCUUUUAACAGAGAUGUAGACGUGACAAGGCAUUACCAAUUACAGCAUAUACGAACAACUUUGAAACAAAACUUGCUGCCAAGGACAGCAAAACAGUAUGGUAUGCACAAUGGUAAUGAUCCACAUAUGAAGUCUAGUUUUACAAGGACAUACUCUGCAGGUUCAUCUGCUGUAUUACAGAAACAUAGUUUGUCAAAUGGGCCUGGUGUAUCUGUUCCAUUGGGUUACAAAAUGAGCCGUCCAUCCUUAAACAAAUCAAACCGAUCACAAUUUCCCAGGGAGUUCAGUAAUGAUACUAAAAAGGAUUCUUCUGUUGCCCUAAAAACAGGUAAAAUGGAGUCUUUGUCUAACGGAACACGUCAAGGAACAAAAGAAGAAAACAUGGAAGCCCAGGAGCACCUGGUUGUUGUUGAUUAUUCUUCUUGUGAUAACUUAAUAAAAGAAAACUACAAAGAUAGUUAUUGCAGUGAAGAUGUUGAUGAGCUCUCCAUUUCUUCCUUGUCCUCUUCUGAGAAGAAUGACUUCAGUGAAGAUUUUAGUGAUGACUUUUUAGAAUUGGAAGACUGGAAUAAUACUGUUAUAGUGGCAGAGCCUGAGAAACAAUUGCCAGAAAAGCCAUCUGACUGUUCAUCAGAUGAACUAAAAGACCAGAAAGAAACCGAUAUAAAAAACAAAGAUGAAUGGAUAGGUGUGAAUAUAUCAGUUAAAAAUGAAGCGGAAACAAACAGCAGUCCUUAUGGAGAGAACAGGAUUUCUCCAGAUAUGGAAUAUAGAGAACCCUCAUCUCUUGAGCUUUCUCCAUCUGACAGCUCUGAUGGAACAUACAUGUGGGACGAAGAAGGAAUGGAGCCUAUUGGAAAUGUUCAUCCAAAUGUUCAUCCAUGUGGAAGCUACGAGUCUUCAGAGAUGAAUAGCCUGGACAUCCUUAAUAAUCUAGAUUCCUGUGAUUUAGAAGAUGAUGAUCUUAUGUUGGAUGUCGAUUUACCAGAGGACAUCACAUGCGACCUGGGUAAAGGCGAAAAUAUGAGUCAUUUUGAAAGAACGGAGAGGAAUCUGCGACAGCAGCCGCAAGUGUUUUGGAAAAGGUCCCCUCCCCGUCUUAAUGGGCAAGAGCAGUACCACUUGAGCAAUCCUGACCACUACCACAAUGGAAGGGGAUCUACUUACCUAGAGUCUCCAACCGAUCAUAGAAAGAACUUUGUCAGUUCCAACUUUUUCCCACAGUCACCACGAUCUAUACAGAUGUUGGGCUUAAAAGAAAAUACUGUGAUGCUUGACGAAAUGACUCUCUGCCACAUGGUCCAAGACUGCACAACGGUUAAAACACAGCUUUUAAAGUUAAAACGUCUAUUGCAACAAGAAGAUGACACUGAGUUUCCCCUGCCAGAUAUACAGCGAUCUGUUCCUGCUACACCAGAACCACAGGACACCCAUACACUUUGGAAGACUGAAGACCUAUUGAGAGAAAUCCAGCAACUCAAAGAAGAGUCCAAGGAGAAAGAUGAGACCAUUAAGCAGUUAGAAGAGCAACUGAAAACAAGAUGUAACUGCCAGAAAGAGAGCCAAGAGUCCAGGACAGAGAAACCAAAGCAGUAUGACAAGUAUACGCAGACACCAUGGAGGAGUAUAUCACCUCAAAUACUACAGUGUUCCAUCAACACCCCAAGUUCCACAGACCACACCUCGGGAAAAUUAGUAGCACAUCGACAUACAGAGGUCCAAAGUAAAGCUCAAGAGCAUUUCCAACAAGUUUCAUCAUGCAGUCACAAGGGAGGUCCUGGAGUCCUCUCAAAAGUCCCCGAAAAUGAACUCAGCGAUCUCUUGAGCACACGGUUGAAGAUAGUAAAUGAACACCUUAAAAAAGACGAGCACGAUAAAAGUUAUGGACCUCUUGAUGAUAACAAAAAUGUAACACAGCAAGGAUGUACUGUUCUACCACAUUUUCCAGUUGAUACAAAAGCAGAUGUCAAAUCUAAAAUAAUUUCAAACUUAUCUACCGCAUCAUUGCCUGUACAAAUUCCCAGGCCAAAAACUUUACAGUUCCCAAAGUCAAAGAUACAGAAUACUAUGGCACAUAAAGGAGUUACCAAAUCUGUUAUCCCCUCAAACAGUUGCUCUUAUUCUAAAGAGCAUGAGAUGUUGACAGCAACUACAAAUACUUCCUUUGUCCAGUCACCAUUAGACAAUGACUGUUCUUCAGUUCAGCUAUCAAAACAAGUUCAUUCCGACUCUAUCUCUUGCCGUGCAGAUCCAUUGUGUUCUAUUAGUCAGUCCCAAUCAGAUAUAUCAAUGGCAGUUUCAAAGCAAUUGCUCCACAACAUCUCACCAUCUGCUGGUAACAGCAAAUUGCCAUCUGAAGGCUCUUUACCUACCCAGUCGCACAGCCUAGCGGCUGAACCCUCAAAACCAGUUAGUAGAUUAAUGCCGAAAGGUUCCAUGCUCAAAGCACCAAGCAAUCUUACGUCUAAACUUAAGAAACCAAAUAGUUCUGCAGCUAUUAUACAGUCACCCAAUGCUUCAAGUGAAACUCAAAGAUCUCCUGUUAAAGCUUCGUUUUCUGUCAUUCCCAGGCCACAUACAUCUAAAAAAGAUAUUCUGCAAGAAACUUUUGAAAGCUCAGUCCCAAAGAGACUAUCACGUCUCCCACAACCAAAGACUCAUUAAAAAAAAUGUUUUUUUUAAAUGAAAGCAAUAGCACAUAUGAUAUGCAUUAAAUGUUUUUUUUUCUUUGUGUGGGGGACAAGAAUUAAGACUUUUUAUCAUAUUAAUACUUUAAUGCAUACCACUUAGUGUUGUUGUAUUUGUUAACAAUAGGAACAUAAAAAGGAGUGACUUUAUGAUUUAUUUUUAUUUUUCUCCCUAUAUGUAAACAUUACCUUGGUUUCAAUCCUGCCUGGGUAUUUUGUGAAGUCAUGUUGCCUCCUGUUAAAUAACUAUUUUACCUAGUUGCUGUCCCUUUUAUAUUAAAUUCCUCAUAAUGUACAUCUACAUAAAUCUGCUUUUGCUAACUACCAUUUUCUGUAAUUAAAUUCAAUUACCUGAUUUAAUUCUAAAAUAUUGACAGCUUUUUAAAUCAUUAUUGCUAACCAUGCAACAGUUAAAACCUUGCCUGCAGAUUUCAGCAACCAUUAUUCAGUUGUAUUGUAACUACAAAAUGGCAACACUUAUCUGCACUAUGGAAUAAUAGUGGCUGUAUUUCAUAUAUUUAUAAGUAAUUUAUAGUUUACUGACCAUUGUACAGUGUCCAUUUCCUUUUUAAAGUGCUAUGCAAGUCUAUAAUUUAUUUAAUUAUUUGAGAAUAUAUAGUGUAUUUAUUGCAUUAAGACAUUACUUUGCACCUUGCCAACCAUAUACUGUACAUUGUUUAUACCCUUGAAUAAUGAAAUAGAUCCACUCUUAGAAAAAAAUAUACUGUAUAAACAAACAACCUCUUACAAAAAAAAAAAAAAGAUACAAUCAAGUGGAUUACUUUUAACCCAAGAAUUGGUAAAUGAACAAGAUUGCAUACAAUAAAUAUAAAAUUAGGUAAUCUGGUAAAAUCAGGUAAUCUCUGCCAUUUUUAUUGAGUAUAUGGGCAGAAAACAUGGCACUAUUGCAAGAACAUUUGCUAUGUUAACUUAAAUUAUUUAAAAAAAUGCAGAUUGCACAAAUUUUAAUUUAUAUUUUCUGCAGUUUAUGGGUUAGUAAUACUAUUUGAAUCAUGCAAAUCUGCAAUUAUACCACAAUGGCUAUCAACAAUCUGUAAAAUGAGUAUUGAUAGACUGGUGGGAAAACUUGAACACAAAACUGAAUAAUACAGAUUUUUUUCAAUAUCCAAGAAUAUAGAUGUAUUUAAUUCAAAUACAUAGAAAUUCUUUAUUUCUUAAUGCAUAACAAACUGUAUAUGCCAACAGUGGCAAGGUACCUGUAGCACGAGCAAGUGACUAUACCACAGAAGUGACUGAUUUAAGAAAGUUAGGGUGUGCAAUAACAAACAAGCACAUUGAACAAGAAAUGUGUAUGAUGUGCUCAAGUGACCGCAAAACCUGACUUUAGUACUUGAAUUGCGCAAGUGUUUCAUAGUUAAUAGUACUGUAUGUGUAAUAUAUCUUGCCUUACUGGAUUAUAGCUGUACUAACGGUUACUACGUUUGUUACAAAUCAAUUGGGGCCACUUUGUCAUUACGAAGCAGUACCGGCACAAACCCUGGGGUCACCCUUAGCAGCACCUAAUUGCUACGUACCUUGGAAGCCGCAUUCUCAGUUCUGUAAACUUCAGAGUGUAGCAUUUGGCUGUCAAAUCAGAGCCAGCUGCCAGACCCCCAGUGUAACACUGACAUGGAUAAGCAGCUACCAGCAGUUGCACAUGUAAGCAGCUCCUGGUUUUUACUCCUUCAGGUCAGCUUGGUGCUCCACGUAAAAGCACUGCGUGUGCUUUAGAAUUACUGUAUGAGUUAGAUUAUGUCAAUUACUGCUUUAGUUGCCUCUUUAGGAAGUUGCUGAGGUUAGCCUAAAUUGUUGCACUUAUUCAGAAUGAAGGAGAGUACAGUGUUUUGCUUUGGUUAUAUGCACUACUAGUAAGGGGCAGUAAGAGAGUAAAUACAAUCCACAGGCCUUAAGUUCUUUUUACGUGCGUGCAUAUGAGCAACUAGUACUUGUGAUGUCACUUUACAUUAACAUUUUUUAAAGCUAUGCAUAUCUAACCAAAUGCAAGGUAACAAAGUAAAUGAUUAAAAUACAUUAACGUAAAGACAAUACUUUUAUUACUACACAGGAUAGGGUUUAUUUAUAUUAAAGAUUGGUUUUAUCUGGUAGCACAAGAGCCAUAAUACUGAUGCUGUGAUUGUUCUGAUACUGUAGUGAUACUUAUGACAUCUUCCUUAAAGCAGUGCAUGACUUCUCUGUCUGCUUUCUAUAGGUGUUACAGUAGUUGCAGUUUAGCUACAGAAUUUGGCCCAACAACACUUGCACACUUUUUAUUUUACUGCUAAAUGAUCACUAUAAAUUUGGGGCACCUGGUGUCGUAAGUAUUGUAUUUCUUAAUGUAGGUUAAAAUCAGCAAACGUUUCCUAAUUUUCCAUUCGAGAGGAAAAAAAAGUUCCUUAAAGCUAUAUUUAGCCAGUACUAAUUACAUCCCUGUUAAUUAUAGAUCAUCAUAUUCACACUUUAUUGAAAACAAUGGAUUUGAUCCGUUAUUGAUUUAAUGAAAAUCAGUGUAUUACAUUUACACUAUACUGUUUUCAGAAAGGAAGAAUAAUUGGCAACAGUUGUAGUUAAUCUCUUUUAAUACAGAAUACACAGAAUAAUUACAUACUAUACACCGGUUAGUUUUGUCUUCAGACUCUAUCCCAUAAAUGUGUCUUAUGAAUUCUCACUUUCUUCAUUUGUACAUACUGUAGCUUGGCUUGGUACUUUAUAUUAGUCUGUGCUUUAAACAUAUGUAUGCUUGGUGUAAUACAGUCUUAGGGGAUGGAACCAAACAUUAUUUUUGGAGUAUGCUUUGUCUGUGACAAAUUUAAACAAAUCAUAAUAUAUAUUGUAUAAAUAAUGAAAACAUUAACAAUAUUUAAGUACAUAUAACUAAACUGAUGUAACUUGGCUGGGAGGGGCAGUUGGAACUCCACCAUUUCUGUAAGAUCAAUUAAUUAUUACAUAUUUCUAUUGUAGAUUUCAAUUCUAAAAUAUAGUGAAAGCCUACAGUGUGAGAUUUUUUUUUAUACUAUUUGCAGCUACUGUAUGAUUAAACCCUUAAAAGGUACAAUUUAUAAUGAAAAUUGUUGCCUUAAUACCUAGAUAAUAAUUCUUAUUACAGAACUGACAUCUGAUUUAAAAAAAAAAAGAAAAAAACAGGGAAGGGUUGUGAAAUGUUAAAUGCGGGCAUUACAUUUCUUGUCAUAGUGUGAAAUCACAGUAGUUUAUUGGUCAAGCACCCAAACAUGGCUUAAGUCAUGACAUCUCUAACCAUAAUAUUGAUGUUUUUUUCAGAGUAUUGUUGAGCAGUGAAAAAGACAGAACUGUCACAUAAUCUAUUAAUUCCUUCUAGCCUAAGGAGACCCUUCCAGUUUAGGGAAUGGUGGCCACCAUCCAUACCGAAGUAUUUAUUUUGACGGUAUAUAGAACUUGAUAGGAACAAAGCAUUCCUGGUUAGAAUGUUAGCCAGUCCCCUUUGGCCAGAUAUGCCUUCCUACCCACCCAUCCAGUUAUAAUAAAUACUGGAAUGUGGUUGUAGGCUUCAUGCCAUUUAAUCAGCAGUAAUUUUAAAUUGACUUAUGUGACAGAGAGAGGUGAUAUGUUGUCCUCAAAGUGUUGUGGGAUUAGUCACAGUUUCUGCAGUGCCCAUGGUUUGGAAGAAGGAAAGAUCCAGUUUGAUUCCGAUGUACUGUAUGUAGUGCACAGUAAGCAGAGGCUUUGGCAGGACUAAAUAUUAAAUAUAGUGGGCAUAAGUAAAAAGAAUCAUUGCGGUCCAUUCAUUUACCUCUACUGUAGUAUACACAUUUAAUAAUUAUCUGUCCUUGUAAGAAUUGCAUGCUAUUUUAGCCUGUUUUCAAAUAUAACAGCCUUUGUAACACUCGUCACACUGGUAGUGGUUACUUACUACAGUCAUACAUUUUAUGGGGCCAAUUCAUUUGUUUUGUGGGCGCCCAAACGUAUUUGCCGCCCAUCGGGGCUAUUUAGUUCUUGCCCUCUGUGGGCGCGCGUCUAAAGUUCGAGUUAGAGCACCCAAACUACCGUUUGAGUGCCCAAACUUCAGAUAUAACCCACAUUUCAGCUCGUGCCUCAGAAGGCAGCAAGCUCAAAUGUGUCUCCCCAGCUGCAUGAGCGCCCAAACGGAGCAACAAUUGAAUUGCUCUUGUUGGUGCCAUCUAGCUGGAGAGACCAACAAUUGAAUUGGCCCAUAUAUGUUUGAAAUUACUGGAGAUUUGUGCCUUCAUUUAGUUGACCUUCCCAUAGGCUUUUAUCUUGAACUUUCAGGCACUGUUGCUCUUGUAAGUUGAAAGUUUGCAGUCUGCUGCCUUUCGCUUAUAUAUUGUCCAAUGUGACCCAGCUCCAACAAGUGUUUAUAGGAUGUUGACACAGAAGUAUUCGAUUAUUUGGCUUUUUUCCACCCAUUACAGGCCACUCAAGAAGCUACUGACAUCAUUUUAAACUCUCUUGUGUAAUAUUUUGUGCAAUAUUUUUAGAAAGGCAAAACAAAGUAUGAACUACUGUACUUUCUGUGUGUAUAGAAGAAGGACUAAUUAAGGUGAUGAUAAAAAGGAAACAAUAUGCACUUUAAAUGAGCUUAACUGCUUGGAGUUGUGCCUACAUUAUCAAUUUGCCUCCUAUUGUUUGGCUUUCUUUCCAUGUAAAAUAAUAUUAAAAAUGUUCUUGUUUUAUAAUUGCUGUGUCUAAAUUAUCUUUAAGUAAAAAUAAAUACCACACAUCUUUGUACCA